GAAAGCUGUAGAAGGGCUUCUUCUGGUCUUCCUCAUUCACUAUUGAGCCUCGGUGUCAAACGACACGCUAUUCUCUCGGCAGUAAUGACGCUCUCAAAGACACCACCCGACAUUUUAAUCGGUAUUACUUCAACAAACAACAACACGGCAACACAUUGUUUUUCUGUAUUUUUUAUUUUGUCGCUGUUCGUGAACGGUGUGUCUUGUAUUGCAUCAGUGUCAGUGAUGGAGGGAGAUUCUGUCACUCUGCACACUGCUCUCACUGACAUACAGAGAGAUGAUUUCAUAGAGUGGAGGUUUGGAGAUCAAUUGGAUCUUAUAGCUAUAAUCAACAGAGCGGCUAAUAAGAUUUCAUUAUAUGAUGCCUCUGAUGGGAGAUUUAAUGGCAGACUGGUGUUAAAUGAUCAGACUGGAGAUCUCGCCAUCACCAACAUCAGAUCUGAGCACACUGGAGUUUAUCAUCUACAGAUCAUCAGACAGACGACUACAACCAAGACAUUCAAUGUUAGUGGUGUGUUUGGUGAUACAGGAGGAGUGAAACAGGUGUCAGUGAUGGAGGGAGAUUCUGUCACUCUACACACUGAUCUCACUCACAUGCAGAAAUAUGACCAGAUACUGUGGGUUUCUGAACCUGAAAAUACUGUCAUAGCUCAAAUUAAUAGAGCGGCUCAGUUCUUCUUUCUAAAUGAUACCGCUGAAAAGAGAACUGUACGCAAACUGCAUCUAGAUCCUCAGAAAGGAGACCUCACCAUCAGAAACAUCGGAGCUGCACAGUCGGGACUUUAUCAAGUUCACAUCAUCAGCAGUACUCAUACUAUACACAAGAGAUUUAAUAUUAUUGUCUUUGAUGGAGCUAUGCCAUUAUCAGUGAAGGAGGGAGGAUCUGUGACUUUACACACUGAUGUGCAAGGAGAUCAUACAAUAUGGUGGACUUCUGGCACCCACAUAGCUGAAAUGGACAGAAAGGCACAGAUCUUGUCUACAUAUGAUGAUGUUCUUGACAGCAGAUUCAGAGACAGACUGCGGUUGAGUUGGACUGGAUCUCUUACCAUCACAAAUGUCAGAGGUACAGAUACUGGACUUUAUCACCUUGAAAUCAGCGACAGCAGACAUACCUUACACGAGAUGUUCACUGUUAAUGUUUGUGUUACAGAACAAAAUGGAUUUUUAGUUUUUGCCUUUGGAAUUUGUUUUGGUCUCCUGGUUAUUUGUGUUGCAAUUGUUGGUUACUGUUGGAUUCACUUUUGCCAAAAAUCCUCUGGAAAAGGCGCCUUAUAGUGCAACACUGAGAGUCACCUACCCGGUCAUGCACCAGUGCUCCCAACAACCACUGACAUCCAGUAUGCCUUGAGUCGACUACCACAAUCAAAUACAUCUUCAACAACUUUCCUUCGUUUAAUUUGUAGCAACUUCGACAGUCUUCAAUCUGUGUAGUAGACUUAUGUAUGUGCAUUAAUAGGCACAAUUCUUAUGUUCCAGCCUGGGGAUGCCUAUUGGAUACAUCUGAUCAGGACACCGCCUUUUGGUCAUUUUUCCAGCAGCAUGUGUAACAUAUUUGGCAGCUUAUGAUUUGAAUGGAAUUGUAACAGAAAUGUCGAAGCAUCUUAAAAUUUAAUUGAAAAUGUGUUAACUAAACGGAUAUGUCCCACCAAAAAGACAUAUAAAGAGGUAUCUAAAAUAUUGUUACAUAUAUUUUUUUAAUUUUUAUUGUGACAUUUUUCUUGCUAAUAAAAACUGAUUAUUUCAAA